CAAGAGCCGUUGACCGUUCGCUUUAUUUCUAUUUCUAAUUUUUUAUGUUAUUUUUUUCUUCGUAAUAUUUUCGUCAAAUUUUGCGGAUUCAAUCAUCAAUAUUCAAUACCACCCGCAGACACCAAAUCGUUGAUUCAUAGCAGUUUAUGAAUACCUUUUUCUCGGGCAGAGAAACAAACAGUUAAUCGCCGGCGGCUGGCUGUUUAUCAAUAUCUCUUUUAUUUGUUUUUUUCAACGAUCGUUUGUGGUUGGAAAUUGGAUUUUUCUCGGGCCCUUUCUGAUUGGCGGGAGUUCGAAUUUUGUUAAAAGUUUCGGUUUUUGGCUUUAUUUGGUGUUGUACAGAGGGAUUGCAGUUCACCCAACUUUGUGUUUUGCUACUUCGCAUCAAAUCAUUUUAGAUGAAGAAUUCAUGUAUAGAUAGAUAGAUAUAUUUUUUGUAGAGAGAGAAAUGGGGGUUUCGGAUAAUACGAGGGGAUUGUUAUUGGCAAUGGUGUCGAGUUUGUUUAUUGGAACGAGCUUUAUUUUUAAGAAGAAAGGUCUUCUGCGAGCUGCUGCUGCUGGUACACGCGCAGGUGUUGGAGGCUACACUUACUUGUUAGAACCUCUUUGGUGGGCCGGCAUGAUUUCUAUGAUUGUUGGGGAGAUUGCGAAUUUCGUUGCUUAUAUAUAUGCCCCUGCUGUUCUUGUUACCCCUCUUGGUGCAUUGAGCAUAAUCGUUAGUGCUGUUUUAGCACACUUUCUGUUGAAGGAACCACUGCGACAGAUGGGAAUUUUGGGGAUUGUGUCUUGCAUAGUUGGAUCGGUUGUAAUUGUCGUUCAUGCCCCUCAAGAACACACUCCAUCUUCUGUUCAGGAAGUCUGGGAUUUGGCAUCUCAGCCAGCAUUCCUCAUUUAUGUGGCAGCUUCGGUAUCUCUAGUGCUACUUCUCAUUUUGUAUUUGGAGCCACUCUACGGGCAAACAAACAUACUCGUUUACUUAGGAAUUUGCUCCUUAUUGGGAGCAAUCACGGUAAUGAGCGUGAAGGCUGUUGGGAUUGCAAUAAAACUCACCUUGGAGGGGAUUAAUCAAUUUGGAUCCACUCAGACUUGGUUUUUCCUUUCAGUUGCCGUGUUUUGUCUGAUCACGCAGUUGAAUUAUCUGAACAAGGCGCUCGACACCUUCAAUGCUGCAAUCGUCUCUCCUAUACACUAUGUGAUGUUCACUACUCUGACCAUAAUUGCCAGCUCCAUAAUGUUUAAGGACUGGUCGGGUCAGAAUGCGAGCAGCAUAACCUCCGAGGUGUGCGGAUUCAUCACAGUUCUCUCGGGGACGCUCAUUCUGCACAUGACCAGAGAAGAGGAGGCGUCGCCACCUCCAACAGGAACCAUUAUUUGGUACGAUGGAGACUCAUCAAAGGCUUUGGAAGGGGCUCAUUUUAUCUCACUGAAUAGCUCAGAUUACUUUGAACUUGUCUCUGGAGAUAAGUGAGUUGUUGUAGCAUGAUUUUAGGCAGUGGAAUCUGCAGCAGGUUUACGACCGCCGUGGGUGGCUGAGCCACCGCCUCUGCCUCCACCGCGCCUUUUCGCCUCGACCGGCUGCAGCAAGGGCGGAAGGGGAGAUGAUGUUGUGAUAUAGGGAGGUGUGUGGCUUUCUUUCAACCAUUUUUUUUGCAUCAGUGGGGUCAUGUUCUUGAGUAUUUUGUGAGUAGAAUUUGUAAAUUAUUUGCUUCUUCUUCUUCUUCUUCUUUUUUUUUUUUUUUUUUUUUUUUUUUUGGAUUUUGGAACUAUUAUUAUUGAUUGGCUUGUGACAAAAUGGGGGUCCAUUGAGUUUCAAGUGUCUAGUUUUUACCAAUGAGAUAGAGAGACCUACUUCACAAUUUGUAUUGCACAAAAA